AUGGAGGUUUCUGAAAUGCUUCAGUUUACUUUUUAUAUGUUUCUCCAAGUUACUGCUAUUGUCUGCUUCAGUCAAGUUGAUAUAAUCCUAACAAAAAAAGUUUUGGUGGUUAGACAGGAUCUGAAAAUGGGACCUGGGAAAGUUGCAUCUCAAUGUGCUCAUGCUGCCAUGGGCAUGUAUGCUGAACUAUUCCAAAGUCAGCGGUCGCUGUUGAGGCAGUGGGAGCAUUGUGGGCAGGCUAAAAUACUAGUCACGUGCAAGAAUCAAAAAGAAAUGAAUAAGUUACAGGAUGAAGCGGAGAGCAUAGGCCUUCCAACUUUUGUUGUUGCAGAUGCUGGGUGCACGCAGGAUCUUUGCGAAGCUGACCCAAAGGCUUUUAUUGCGCAUUGGAGUAUGCUUUUGGCAACUAAUGAUGUACUUCAACCAAGGUGUCACACAAUUAUUGCUUAAACAAAUGCUUAGAAAGGUAUUAAAGAUUCGCGAGAACAACACAGAUAAAUGCCAGUUUAUGGCUUCUUCGGUGAACUUGACGGUUAGUGUUAAAAUUUCAAUUCAUCUCCAAUUUUAGCAUAUACUCUAUAUAUAUGCAGGUCUUUUGUUGCUUGGCUAGGUAGAAGGGAAGGAGCGGGUACAAGGAGAG